CGCCCAACAGUCAUGUGACAAUUCCCCGUGACGUACGGGCAAGUGUUUCAAGCAAGGCCGCCCCCUGGUGGUCGCCAGUCUGUCAGCGCACUGAAACGCAAUUAGGACCGAACAUAUAAUGCAUCUGUGACGACUUGUACAAGCACUGCGAGCUCCGUACAUGAUGGAAAUUCAAGCAGUCGCUGUUAACUCUUCUUUUGAAUUUUUCUUCUUCUUUGAUUGUAGCAACACUUUUUUUCCCCCAGUUCAACUCGAGCGUUUUCCCAAAUGGCUUUGUAUGUAUUCAUUUAAGCUUCUUUCAAACAUUGGUACUAGCAGUUCAACUUUCGUGCCUACGUCGUAUGCAGGGCUUGUGCUCGCAAUGCAUUGUGGGAUGACGUAGGUAACAUACGCUCUAUUACGUCAGCAAGUGGCGACGUCGGGAAUAAAAACAGAUCGAGGUUUGCCUUACAAAAAACAGCAAAAUAAUAUAAGUUAAUGCUAUAAUAACAAAGUUGCACUAUGUAUGUGCAGGAUUUACUACUACUCCCAAUCAGUUGCUCAGUGUACAGUUACUAUGGCAACCACCAAACAAGAAGCUGCCAGAAGGGAGAACAUGUCCGCCGAGGCCAAAGAGAAGGAAAAGGAGGGGACCAGUGAGCUUUUUCAGGCCAAGGACAAGAAGAGCAAGGAAGAGGUGAACGUCAAGGAGCCAGUGAAGACGUGCGCCGCCUCCUCUGCUACUACCCGUUACGGGCCAUCCAAAGAAGAACACAUCAACAACACCCCAGAAGCGGUCGAUGACUUUGUCAGGAACUUCCUCCAGAGAAUUGGCCUGACCCGUACUCUGAACUGUUUUGAGGAAGAGUGGUACAGCUCAGCUCAGAAACUCCUGACAGAGCCCUUGUUGACGGUUCCUCCGGCACCUGGCGCCCCCGUCCUCUCCGACGCCCUCACGCACAAGCGGCUCCUGCAGUCGGAGCUGCAGAAGGUCUACAGAGAGACCGACCGGUUCAAACAGGAGGUCCUAUCUGCAGGGGACCACCUCGUCAGGUUGCAAAGGGACAGGGAUCUACACCGGCUGCAUUGCCGGCGACUCGUUGCUGACAAAAGCCGUCUGAUGGACGACAUCAAACGGCUGAAGAAGCGCCUGGCGUCCUACGAGCCGGCGCUGAAGCAGCUGGCUGACAAAUACGAGGUAGCCCUGAGGCAGAAGAUGCUUCUCAGUUUGGAAAGCGAACGGUUGCAGAACACCUUGGCUGCGAGCCAAAGCCAGGACAAAACCCUAACCAAGACGGAGAGAAGCACCGGGAAGAGCGCGACCCAAUGGCAGAGCGCCGCCAGACACCCAAAGGACACAGAGUUUCCUGUCUGUAGUCGGCCGGUGACCCUUCGCCGCACUCCGCAAAGUCCUGGCGAACAGAAAAGCCCCGGCUCCUUCGGUCUGUUCUAUUCCAUCAAAGCCCACGCGCUUCCCAUAAGCCGCAUCAGUCUCCACCCGGGGAAGAAAAUCCUCGCGAGUGCCAGCGAUGACCGCAGCUGGAAGCUGUGGGCGCUGCCGGCCAGCAGGGAGAAGGUGGGUCAGAUGGUCCUGACAGGUGAGGGCCACUCCGAUUGGCUGUCCAGCUGCAGUUUUCACCCAGAAGGAACUAAACUGGCAACAACCAGUGGAGACACCACGGUAAGGCUCUGGGAUUUUUUAUGUGGACGCUGCGUGUCGACAUUCUCCGGUCAUAGCCAGCCCACGUGGGGGUGCUCCUUCCACUCGUGUGGCCAUUUCCUGGUGUCCUGUUCCUCUGAUAAAACCGCCAAGCUGUGGGACCUGAACAGCCAGCGCUGCAGGCUGACAAUGCGUCGCCACACCGCCUCCGUCAACAGCGUCUGCUUCCAGUCCUUCUCCAACACUCUCCUCACUUCAUCGGCAGAUAAAACUCUCGCCCUGUGGGACAUCAGGCUCGGCGUGUGUACGGCAUCCUUCGACGGACACCGGCACCCGUGCAACCACGCCGCCUUAGGCCCUGCUGAGGAAGUCAUUGCUUCCUGUGACACCCGUGGCACCGUCAACCUGUGGGACACGAGGAGGCCCGCCUCUGCUGUCCGCACGAUAGACGCCGGGCCCCUGAGCGCCAAUCAGGUGGCGUUCAGUCCGUCAGGGAGGAUGCUUGCAAUUGCGAGCAGUGACAGUUUGGUCAGACUGGUGAACGUGGACUCCUGCGCAAUCGGCAACCUGUCGGGACAAGGGGACAGUGUGCAAAGUGUCACGUUUGACCACACGGGGACAACGGUUAUGUCUGCAGGAAGUAACGGCCUCAUUAACGUGUGGAUGUAAAGAAUGAAGAGGACACAAAUGAAGUGGAAAACAAAAUACCCACGUGAAAGUGUCAUUUAUUCGACUGCUAAACAAUUCAACAAUUACAGUCAAGAUGGUUGCACACCCCAGGCAUGUUUUCGGACUUUGUGUGUGUGUAAUAAGAUUGGAUGGAUGGAUGGAUGGAUCUACAGUGCCACCAGAAAGUAUUCACACCCCUUCACCUUUUCCGCACUUUGCUAUGUGACGGACUUAUUCUAAAGCUGAUUUGAGUAGUUUACUUCUCCAUAAAAUAUCCUGUCACGACUAAGUAAAAACCUAUUUUCAGACAGUUAUGCAAAUGUAAACAUUGAAACAUCAUAGGCACAUAAGUAAUCACACCAGUGGCUUAAUAUUUUGUUGAAGCGCCAUUGGCAGCAACCACAAGUCUUCUCGGGUGCGUCUCUACAAGCUUGGCUCAGCUGUUUUGGGACAUUUUCUCUCACUCUUCUCGGCCGAUCUUCUUAAGGUCAGUCAGGUCGGAUGGGCCGCGUCGGUGGACAGCCGCGUUUAGGUCUUUCCAGAGAUGUUCCAACGGAUUCAAGUCCGGGCUCUGGCUCAGCCGCUCAACGACAUUCACGAAGGUCACGGUACAUUUGAAUCGAAUGUAGUAUGGCCUCAAUACUUGUGCUGUUAGCAUCCGUGUUGAAAAAAGUGCUGCGAGAAACGCAGCCUCGAUAGCUUUGCGAUCAACUGUGUGUUAUGGGCAUGGAUGCAAAGUGCAGGCUCAAAUUUCAAAAUCCUCGAUAGCCCUGGCAACGCGAGCAAUUCAAAUGAACUCUACGAAUACUGCCAAGAAAAGCCUCACUCUUCCACUACGGAAAAGAAACUGAUCAAAUCGACCGCUAAGCGUUCGAAAUGAGUAUACUGUAUUUUUGUUGACGAUGGCCGUAUGCAAACCGUAACUGAAGUUGAUGGCACUGUGAUGUGUUGCUGUUUUUCCAGAUAAUUAAGGUAUGAACGCAGAAAUCAAGAAUACAAGCUGUACACUUGAACAUAUUGAAACCAGUUUGAACGCUAUCGACACUUGGCUCACUUGGUUUGAGAAUUGAUUUAACGCAUUCUGGGUUAGCGCCGACGGGGCUCUUAAAGAGCUGCUAGUAGAGCUUUGUGGCAUUUAAUCAAACAGCUUUAAGUUUUGCUUGACUCUGCAGCAAGGUCAGCAUUCUUCUCAACUUCC